GUAAUAAAGUAUGGCUAGAAAUUGAAGAAUCUGCACAUGCGUGUUUAUGGAGUCCUACCCUCUAUAUAUGUAAACGAGCCAACUUGUUAAUAUCCUAGAUUGGGUUGAGCAAUUUAACUAUUGCAGGACGAGGAUCAUUCAUAUUCUCAUCAUGCUUGCAUGUAACUAAAAUAAGAUUUGCAGUAGUAGCAUGACAUCAAUGGAAGAAUCAUGGACUAGUUGGUUAUGUGAUGUGGAACCAGAUGAUUAUAGUUUCAUUGGUCAAUCAGAAAUAAAGGUGGAUGAUGUGAAUGGAAGUUUGGCAUCUCAUCAUGAUAUAGCCAUUGCAUCAGAGGAGAACCCACAAUGCUCAUUUUCCACGGAGACUCACUCUUUAGUGGCUAAGAGUGACUUAAAAAGGCCCUUCGAGUCACUAAAAACAGAACAACUCCCACAAAAGAUAACUUCUCCAUGCUCCUACAUUCUUUCGUUUGACAACACGAAUCCACCACCGUUAAAGGUUGAAUCAGUCUCGAAGCCAGGAACCAAGGUUGACACAAACCGUGGGAAAGCUUUGCCUUCCAAGAAUGAACCAAGACGCGUUACUCAGGAGAACAAGAAAAUGAGCUCAUUGGCCACAACUUCUCACCACACUAAAGAUCACAUAAUUGCCGAGAGAAUGAGGAGAGAAAAGAUUAGCCAACAGUUCAUUGCCCUCUCAGCUCUCAUUCCGGACUUGAAAAAGAUGGACAAGGUAUCUGUGUUGGGGGAGGCUAUAAGGUAUGUGAGAGAGCUGAAGGGUCAAGUGAAGUUGCUGGAGGAGCAGAGCAAAAGGAAAAGCGAGGAUUCUUUGGUGUUUGUAAAGAGACCUCAGGACGAGGAUGUCUCAGACACUUCGUCAAAUUCGUGUGAGUUUGGAAACUUUGAUGAUUCAUCGAAAACAAAUUUGUCACUGCCAGAAGUUGAAGCAAGGGUGUCAAAGAAAAACGUGCUGAUUCGAAUCCUGUGCAAGAAAGAAAACGUAGUUCUGGUGAACAUAUUUAGGGAGAUAGAGAAACUUCAUCUUUCAGUUAUCAGCAGCAGCGCCUUGUCUUUCGGUUCCUCUGUCCUGGAUACGACCAUCGUGGCCGAGAUGGAGGAUGAAUUCAACAUGAAUGUGGAGGAACUGGCUAGAAACCUCAGAGUUGGACUGAUGCAAUUUGUUUAGUGCAAUAUGAGUUCAGUGUACUAAAUAUCCCUGUCCAUAUAAUAACAUUGGUUGAAAACCAUAUGAUCUAUUAUUGGAAAUUGGGAUUUAACUUGUUGCAAGAGGGCUUACAGCCUUGGAAACUAUGGGUUGUAUAACUUUCUUCACCUAAUUUGUUUUCACUUUUGAGUAGUGCCA